GAAAUAUAGUCGAGUUAAUAUAUAAAUUGAAUGCAGUAGUGCUUCUGGGUUCAACGAUCUAUCGUCACAUAGUUAGGAAGCGCCAUUUUCUUCUUAUAUUGGCGGUAGAUUUGAAAUCGUUUGUAAUACAUGUUUGAAAACUCAUCAUUAAGGUUCGAUACAUAUAGAAAGUCGAACAUUUCUCUGUUUAUUAUGUAAAUCAAUAAAGUUGAAGAAGAUUUUUUCACUCGGUAAGAAAUGUGUUGUAUGGAAUCUUGUAUUCGUUGCAUAAUACAUAACACUGCAUAAUGCAGUGUUCUAAUGUUUCACUAACAAUUUCAUAAGGCAGUCGCGCAGAACGUAGAAGCAUUAACGCCUACGUAAUUUCAUCCGCUACUUCUAUGAAAUUAAAUUAAAAACGUUUUGUUUAAACUGGAAGUACAAUAUGGAGAUGACACUUGUGCAACGCUGAUGAAUAAGCAGGUGAACAAUGUUUUCAAUAACAAUGCAAUUAUUUUACGCUAUAUAUUGAACCAAAUUCCCACAUAUUUUUCCUUCCAGUGUGCAUUCCGAUUAUUCACAGCAUAUAGAGGUCGCCUCUCUUAUCUGAUAAACUUGCGAUAAUACAAAAAUAUGGCAAGCAGGUGAUCUUCAAAAACUUGUUUGGUUUAUAUUCUUAAAUUGACUUACUUUCAGAUUUCUCUCAAAAUAUUUUUUAUCAAUACAAAAUUGAAGAAAAAGAGAAACACUUUUCCAUUAAAAAGUGAUUUUACCCAAUGCUAUACGCCACCGGUUCUCAGAAUCUUCUAUACAGAGAAGAAGUAUAUCCUUAGAAAUUUUUUUUCCGUGCUUCCCGUUUACUCAUUUCUCUCCCACAUAUGUUAUUACAGAUCACUAACUUCCCGGAACAUUGUAAACCGUGUGAGUCGAGGAGGAAUAGUAACAAAGGUUACCCGAACUAAGGUUAUCAAGCGUGUAGAAUUCGAGGGAUCGUUUCAUCUUUAUUUCCUGUUCUUCUAACCACAGGAUUUCCACGGGUAGCUAAAAAUAAGAUUAUUUAACCAGCCUAGCCCGAAGCAGACUUUCUUACUUCAACUGACUCAUCCGUCCAGCCGAAUCAAUUUCACCGCAAAUUAACUGUAGCACAGUUAAUGAAACAGUUUCCCUUUUUUCUCUUUCCAUUGCUCGCGGCUACUUACGAGGGCUCGGACGAAAUUUCAGUCAAGGGUCAUUGGACCGAAUCGCGUGUCAUUUAACGAGACACUCGACUGAUCGUUUUAAAACACACCUACGUUUCUUCUUUGCAUCUUAAUCCGAUCGUUCUGGUCGAGCAAAAAUCGAGCAUAGCGAAUGAGAGGUAAUAUGAAAUUCACGAAGCGUAAAGGUAGUUUAAUUCGCUUCUAUUUCGACGGAAGUUCCUGCUUUACGAACGCGAGUCUAUAGCGUGUCAGCAUCGGCUGAUUCUUACCAACCGGCAUUUAGUACUGUUGAUUAUUACCCUUUAAAUCAACUGUAACGUAGCAGAUUUUCAUUUUUUACACAUUCUUGUUACACAACACGGUAACUGGGUACACUUUCGUUGUACACACCUCGGUCGAGUAAACACGUGUACUCAGCUGCUAUUGUUCGUAAGAACUCCAGACUUUCAUUAUCGUCGAAAGAGCAAUAAUACCCAAUGUAAUUAGGCAAUUGAUUAAACAUGAUGCAACGGUACUCAACCGGAAUCAGAAUUCUACUACUCAUGGUCUUAUCUCGGAUUAACCAAAGCAGACCGAAGUUUAAAUUUGUCGCAAUAAGCAAUUUCUGCAGCCUGUUAUUUUUCAAGGCACACGGUUUGUUUCUGUAGAUGAGAAUAUUUUUAGAGGAUCGUGGCUUCUAUAUUUAGACCACGUGUACCUUCGACCGUAUGUACAGAACGUGUUCCCAAAAUUUCGUUCAAUCGGUCUCUAUACAUCGGCGAUCCGUGUCCUAUUAAAAAUAGAAUCAUCUCAACUUUGUUUCGGUUCAAGGAUAAUCGAACUGCAAUAGCCAUGAAUAAUUUUACGCUUCGCUCGGUGUCAUCCUCUUAUCGUCGCAGAAAAUAAUAUCCGUUCCCUCGAUAUUCCAGAGUCGUUCGAGGAAUGUUACUCGGAGAACCCCAGGUGGCUUCUUACGUAAUUUUUCAUCACCCUUUGACGAGCGCACGUGCACCUGGAAAUCUCGAAGAGACCACAGGACUACUAGGAUGACCGGGCCGUAGAAAGGAUCGAAUCGAAGGUUGCCGAGGUCAGGAGCAUAUGGCGUUUAAGCCUGCGUAUCAGCUCCGUUGCAAUACGAAGGAAAAAGUUUCGUUGCAUCCGUUGAAAAAUCUUUUUAGUACACCCCGGCUAGCCGAUCAGGCUGUUUGCCUGCUUAUGUAGUUGGCCGACUGCUUGGUCGACUGCUAGCCGGCACGGCACGCUUCUCGUCUCGUUCAGUCGCCGCUCCGACAUCCUGCUCGCAACACGUCUGCGGCCGGUCCCCGUUUUGACCCGAACCUGUCCACGUUUUACCCGGGGUCUCUUCAUCGUUUACGGUUUCUGUCAUGCCGUGGCAGAUGCGACGGAGCCGGAGCACGGCUUUUUUCGGCGCCAGCUAGACCCACGUGUUCACCCUACACGAUUCGGAGUAAGUGUCGAAGGGACAAGGUGCACUUCUCUUCUCAGUGAUGAAAGUUUCUUCAUCUUCUUUAACAUAGAAUUGUUGAAUGAUCGGUGAACUUGUUGAUAAAUAGUUUUUCGUGUAACAGUGAACGUGAGAAGAUUUCACGGAUGGACCGAAGGGGAAUUCUAAAAUAGGCUGACAUGUUCGCUCGACUUGCUCUCUGGUCGGAAGCUUCUGGACAGUCUUCACGGGAUUCGAAAAUAUGCAGUCGUCGGAAUUAAUGAAAAUAAUCGACGUCUGAGCAGAACUUAUGCUCAGCGUCGAGGGAAGUAACAAUGGGAUCGUGCAAAGAGUACCCAACAAUUACCCUAAUCACUGCAUUAAAAUUAUCAAAGAAGACGAGGAACGUUAGAAAGACGACGAUGAACCCAAACGGAGGUCCAGGGGCCCCGGAAGAGUCUCAAUGGAAGAGGUGACGUAUCACCCAGUGAUGCGUAAACGACGUGGACUGGCCAGCGCCAUUUUGGGCCUGAUAGUUGGCCUUCUCCUGGGUUUUCUCAUCCAAAGUUACCGAAUACUCUCGUCGAGUCAUCAUCAGAGGUUCAACAUGUACGCAACCUCCAUGCCUGGUCCACUGAUCAAACCGUCUGCCCGAAAUGUUCCAAAGUUAAACGACGACGAGCAGAUAAACAGUUCCUCGAGUAGUCUGGUGUUCGUCGGCGUUAUGACGGCUAGCAAGUACCUUGAUACGCGAGCCAAAGCCGUCUACGAGACCUGGGGCAAGGAACUACCGGGUAAAAUCGCUUUCUUCUCAUCGGAAAGUUCCGUGGUACCGGAGAACUGUCCCGAUCUGCCUUUGGUACCGUUGCCGCGAGUCGACGACACGUAUCCGCCUCAGAAGAAAUCGUUCAUGAUGCUGCAGUACAUGUGGAACUAUUAUGGUGAUCGUUUCGAGUGGUUCCUCAGGGCGGACGAUGACGUUUACGUGAGGACGGAUCGUUUGGAGAAAUUGUUACGAUCGGUGGAUUCCAGGAGAGCCAUGUACAUCGGCCAAGCAGGCAGAGGGAACUCGGAAGAAUUCGGUCUGCUGUCGUUGGAAUACGACGAGAAUUUUUGUAUGGGCGGUCCUGGUGUUAUUCUGUCCAGGGAAACGUUGAGAAGAAUCGUGCCGCACAUCAAGUACUGUUUAAGGCACUUGUACACCACUCACGAAGACGUCGAAUUGGGAAGGUGCGUGCAGAAGUACGCUGGUAUACCUUGUACCUGGAGCUACGAGAUGCAGUCGAUUCUUUAUCACAACAGCAGCGGGGCGCAAGCAUUCACCGGAAACCUGAAGAAAAAAGAAGUCCAUCGUGCUAUUACGUUGCAUCCUGUUAAAAGCCCGCCACACAUGUACAGGCUGCACAAUUACAUGAGGGCUCUCCAGAUACAAGAUCUGCAGCAGGAGAGAUUGAACCUUCACAGGGACAUCUACGCGAUGGCCAAGCAAUUGGAGAUGAGCGUGGAAAAUUUACGAAAUUUCGAGAUAUCCAAGGGUGUUCCUCUGUUUCCGGUGAAUCCUUACUCGAAAGAAUAUCCAGGCGACACGGAGAUAUUAGGUGUUCCGGCAGGGCUUCGUUCGUUCAAGCCAACGACCGCAGACGAGGUGAUCCCUUGGGAUUUUCUUUCGAGAUCCGAGUACAGUUUAGCCGAUUCAAAUCCGAGGAGAAGAAUUCACAGUGACAUUAAAGAAGGCCUCGAGGACAUCACCAGGGAAGUGAUGGCUUCGAUAAAUGCUUGCUCACGACAACGCGGCAGAGUCGUCGAGGAAAGGUCAACCCUAUACGGAUACAGAAGAGUGGAUUCUUAUGGUGCCGACACGAUACUGGAUCUUUUGUUGGUCUACCGGAAGUACAGAGGUAGAAAGGUCACUUUACCCGUUAGAAGACACGUGUAUCUUCAUCAACAUUUCACAGGACUGGAAAUACGAGAAACGGUGAACGGGGAGGAAGUUGACGAGUCAGGAAAAAAGCAACGAAAGGACAAAUCCUUGCAAAGUAUAUUCAGUGGUGGCUUCUUGAACCUGAAUUUCAACUUCGAAGAAGAAGAUCCCGUAAACGGCAAGGUUAUCCAUUUUAUUCUACCUCUGUCAGGGAGAUACGAGGUGUUCCAAAGGUUCCUACAAAACUACGAAGAGAUCUGCUUGACGAGUGGUCAGAAGACCUCUCUGUUGGUGGUUCUUUAUCAACACAAGACCGAGAACUCGUUUAAUCGAACGAUAGAUCUGAUCGAACAAGUGAGAUACAAGUAUCGCAAUGCCAGGAUUGAUGUUAUACCCAUCUCUGGCACGUUCUCCAGAGCGAAGGCUCUGAAUUUCGGUGUCUCGAGAUUGAAGAACGACGAUUUGAUGCUCUUCAUCGACGUUGAUAUCGUGUUCAACGAAGCAGCGCUUUAUAGAAUACGGGCGAACACUAUUUUCGGUAAGCAAGUGUAUUUCCCGGUUGUGUUCAGUCAGUACGAUCCAAAGAUCGUCUACAGACAAGAGAAAACACGACAGGAUACGUUCUCGGUGAACGAAGUGACCGGUUACUGGAGACAAUUCGGAUUUGGUAUCGUUUCCUUGUACAAACAGGAGUAUAAAACCGUGGGUGGUUUCGAUCUGUCCAUUCAAGGAUGGGGUAAAGAGGAUGUGGAUUUCUUCGAGAAAUUGAUCAGAUCUAAUAUCAAAAUUUUUAGAGCAGCAGAUAAGGAUCUGAUCCAUGUUUAUCAUGAUAUAGAGUGCAGCAAAGAUCUCUCCGGAACGCAGUUCUCCAUGUGUAUGGGGACCAAAGCUGACACUUAUGGGGGUGUAGAGACUCUGGCUGAAAUUAUUUACCAAAAUCCAGAUAUAUUGCAAUUUGCCAAAGCUAGAAGAGCGAACCUGACGAACGCAGCCGGUUGAAUGGUAAUACGAGGCUGGUAACGAUUAUCUCUUGGUUGUUAUACCCGUAAAUAAUGAAAAUAAGGUAAUUCUGAAUUGAAAACUCAGAGGAGGUUCAAAAUUGAAGUAUAAUUAAGCAGAAAUAGGCAAUUGGUAUUUGUAGUAAAGAUAGGCAAUAUGCACUUUGCCGGUCAACGUGUGCACAAUUCGCUUCCAUUGUAUACAUGAAUGAAUUCAAUAUUUACGACCUGGUGUUCAUAAGUGUGGACAAUUUGUCGGUUUAUGGGUGAAGGUGGGAAAAAGUGGCAUUUAGUGUAAUGUUGCAUAUGUAGAAUUUGUAAUGAGAUACAUAAUAAGAAAGAAAAGCAGAUAUACAGGGUCAUAACUCCGUUAUUAGUGCAUUGACGGAAAAAUGGUAAAGGAGGAAGAUAAAUGGUUCAAAGAGCACUAAAUCUGCAGGCCCUUCGAUUAUUUUAAUGUUAACAGUGCACGUGUAAUUAACAAUUUCAUCAUUUCUUUAAAUGGAAAUGCAUAUUUUUGUUUACACAGAUCGAUUCCCCUGUUAAUUCUUGCGUAAAAAAGUAUUAUAUACUAUGGUACAAAAAUGAGUACUUUUUGAGAUAUUGACGAAAAACGAUUUUAUUUUUAAAACUUUAAAUAGCUCUCUUUCCUCUAUUUUGUGUCUCCCAACUCUCUCUCCGGGAUCUCCUUGCUUCUCUCUUUUCACCCUUCAUUUCUACUUUUUUUUUUUUUUUAGUCAGCGGGUGGUGGGCGCAGCUGGUUUCGCGGGUAGCCCGGUUGGGGUGGUGCCGCCUGGGGUGGUGGUCCUACGUUUCACACAUGUUGGCAUGUUAAUAUUUUAAAAAUCUGAGGGCCUACAUAUUUGGUGCUCUUAGAACUAUCUAUCUUGCUCGUUUACCAUUUUUGGGUCAAUGCACUAAUAACGGAGUUUCGACCCUCUAUAUCUUCUUUUCUGUCUUAUUAGAAAUUCUGUACUUCAUUACAUUGAACAGCGUCCGGUUCCCCUCUAGUAUUACCUUAUCACUAAAAGGGUUAAACAAGGUAGUCAUAGCGAUUGGUGAACCAAUCAUGGUGCGCAUUUUGCGCUCGGGUUUACUAGUAAUUUGUAAAUAGUCAGUGUAAUUAUGGUUUCUUCGAUACAGAAAUCUGUGCUGGAAUGGUAUUUAAAAUCGAACUCACCAAAGUCUUUGCCGAUCUAAGAAUUAAUUAAACGUGAUCAUCAAUUACCAUCGAGUGCAAGCCCGAGAUUUAAUUGAAACCAUGUUCGAUGAAACGAACAUUCAAUUUCUAGAUUCGUCCGUGUUAGAGAUUAUUUUAUCUUCGUAUGAAUAUAUUACGUUCAAAAUAGCGGGGAAAUGUUUGUAUAUUUUCGAUUGAUACGCGGAGUAUUAAUUACGUGGGUGUGUCUCUUUGUCCCUUUAUUUGCUUUUUAGUAGAAAAGAAAAAUCACUAAGCCAUUUUAGACAAUUGUAUAAUACUCUGUUUAUUGAUUCAGAAAUUUUGGCAUUAUUUACCUUGUGAAUGUGAUGUAAUGCUUUUGAUCGUUCUUACUUUAUAAUAACGUGUCAGAGAUAGAUUUUAUUUUUGCCAGAAGAACAUAGUGGCAUUUCUUUUUUAUAUAAAUUUGUAUUAUAUCUUAUGGUCAAGAAGUUGUUCCUUUCGUCACUUGAAAAAUGAAUAUGCGAAUGUAGAAUAAUAGUCUGAGAAAGAAGAUGGUGAAUGAAUAACUUAAGACAUCAAUACUCCUCGAAAAACUUAGUGUUAUAUUAUACAAGGUAUUCCAUAUUAAUGUAUCGUCCUUUUUUUACGUAAAUAUAUUCUUUGGAAUAUUCUGCAAAGAUUUCGAUACCUUUGCCCCAGAAUAUUUAAAAGAACUGGUCUGUAUGUAAGAAAGAAAAUGCAAUUUUUUAUUUGUAAGUGAAAUUUUUGAAAAUAAGAUUAAAAUGGAGUACCUUGUAUACGAAUGAUUUCUGUAAGUACAUGUGAUAUUAUCGUGCCUUGUAUAGACUUUUAAUUGUGAAUUUUACGUACUGCCUACUUUAUCGCAUUUGUACCUAUACGCGGAUCAAUUGUAAGAAAAAUCUAUCGAUGCAAGUCGUACAACUUGCAUAAUCAUUUAUGCAAUUCGUUUGCCAAGAUGCUUCGACAUUUUCAUCGGAUUCCGAAUAAAAUUUCUCUAUUAAAUAA